AUGUCGACCUCGAACUACAUCAAGAAUGUUGCCAUCGUGGGCGUAAGCGGUCGCUCCGGCUCCCACAUGACCGAGGAGCUCUUGAAGACCGGCAAACACACCGUUACAGCCAUCACUCGCUCGGACAGCAGCUCCACGCCACCACAAGGCGUGCACGUGGCUAAAGUCAACUACGACGACCCCAGCACCCUCGUCGCUGCCCUCAAGGGCCAAGAUGCCUUGAUCAUCACAAUGGGCACCAUGGCGCCGCCGGAUACGCAGUCGAAGCUCAUCCAGGCUGCGGCUGAAGCUGGUGUGCCGUGGGUUCUGCCCAAUGAGUGGGGUCCGGAUACCGCUCACCCGGGUUUGCAGAAGGAUGUCCCGCUUUUUGGGAAACUGGUUACUGUGCAGGAGGAGGUGAAGAAGUUAGACGGUAAGGUGUCGGCGCUUUAUGUGGAUUGCGGAUUUUGGUACGAGUGGUCGCUGGCUAUUCCCGACUCGUUUGGCGUGGAUCUUCUGAAGCGAGAGGCCACGCUUUUCGACAAUGGAGAGGUAAAGAUGAGUGUCUCCACUUGGGCUCAAGUCGGUCGUGCUGUGGCCGCUUUGUUGAGUCUGCCUGUCCACGCCGAGGGUGGCGACAACGAAGCCUGUCUCGACAACUACCGCAACAAGAACGUCUACAUCAAUUCCUUUACGGUCAGCCAAAAGGAUAUGCUGGACUCCGUGUACCGUGUCACAGGUACCAAGGAGUCGGAAUGGAAGUUUAGCAAGGAGCCCUCCAAGGAGAGGUACGAUAACGCCAUCGCGAAGAUGAAGGGCGGUGAUCGAAUGGGCUUCGUUGUGGCGAUGUAUACUCGUGUCUUCUUCCCGGAUGAUUCUGGGAACUUCGAGAAGACGAAGGGUACGGCAAACAAGGUAUUGGGUCUGCCGAAGGAGGAUAUCGAUGAGGCGACUAAGGUGGCGAUCGAGCGUGCUAAGACGAAUCCUUGGGCUUGA